AUGGAUGUGCACACAGAACGAGACGACACAGGCUACAUAGACCCCUUAUUUCCCAAUCCCAACGGCCCAAACGACACCCCGAUCAUAAUCUACGGCUAUACCCCCUCCAUCGCCCUCGCCGCUCUAGCCGCAAUCUGGUUCUUCAUCCACUUAGUCCUGCACACCACCCAAACCCUCCGUCUGCGCAACUGCUGGUGGUGGCUCACUUUCUCUGUUGGCUUAGUUUUUGAGGUCAUCGGGUACAUUGCGCGCUCCCUAUCCGCCAAGAAUGACCCUUACAACCUGACUUACUUUGUGCUCAAUUACUUCUUCAUCGUGACGGCGCCUGUAUUUUUGGCGGCGGGGAUAUAUACAAUUUUGUCUAUCUUGAUACGGGAUACGGCGGGUGGGAAUCGGUUCGCGGUUGUUUCGCCACGAGUCAUAUUGUGGUUUUUUAUCACGUCUGAUGUAGUGUCGACAGGCAUACAAAUCUCCGGCGCUGUGUAUGUCGGAGUUCGUGAAUCGAACAUGCAAGAUCCGACUGUUGCGAAUAAUAUCUUGCUUGGCGGUCUCGCUUACCAGGUUUUUGCAAUGAGUAUAUUCAUCAUUCUGUCCUCGACAUUCGUCGUUCGAGCUCGACAUGCCCUCAAAGCAGAAGGCCGAACCACGUUCGUGGCCGUCUUCGUUCUCUCAACCCUCAUGGUGUAUCUGAGGACUGUGUUUCGUCUCGCAGAGACAGCGGAGGGGUUGUUCGGGAAAUUGGCGACCCAUGAGGUGUUUUUUGGGUGUUUGGAGUUUGCGCCGAUUGCAUUGGUGGCGCUGUUACUGGGGGUUUGGCAUCCGGGACGCUGUUUUGGGUUGAGGCGCGAAAGGGGGAGAGACAAGGCGAGUGCUUGA